CUUUCAUCUUUAAACACAUGUUUUCCAAACUUGUUCCACAGGUGCCAACAAAGAAGCUGAAGAAAUAUGAGAGAGAGUACCAAACCAUGCGAGAGAGUCAGCUGCAGCAGGAAGAUCCUAUGGACAGAUACAAGUUUAUAUGUUUGUAGGUAACUCUCCUGCUGUUGCACUUUUACGGGAGAUCUUCAUGAGACGCAGAAACAAAGGGUGAUUCUCAGCUACAGACACAAAAGGAGAAAAUACACAUUGUUCUAGCACAAGCUGUGUGCAGUGGCAUCCACAGAGACUUUUGGAAGAUGAACUCUUCCUUGACUGAUACGAUCCUUGCUAUUCAUCUCUGUUUAUACCAAGUGUUAGUAAUUUUUUGUUAAUAUAAUGUCUAGUAUAGUGGGACCCAGAGCUCUCCUGGGGUCCCAAGGUACUACUGCAAUAGAGUUAAUAGUAACAAAUAUCCUGCUUUCAAGUGGCAGAGAAAAGUUCAGUUAUUAAUAUGAUGGCUUGCUAGUUCACCACAAAAGAAUAGUUCUUUAAUUUUAGAUCAGCAUUGCUUAUCUUUCCAAUGUAUUUGCUUUUAUUGUCACAGCUACAUUCUGUUGCCAUCGAUUUUUGUGUGAUGGAGGCUCUGCCUCUAGGCAUAUACUUCAAUUAGUGCUCAGGAUCCAUUUAUUGCUUACCCUGCUUUAAAAAAAUUCAGUUUUCUUUAGGUGAAGCUGCCAGAGAUGAAGCACUUUACUGCCCAUUGCCCAGGUUAGCUGGGAACUGUCAUUGCUUAUAUAUGCCUGUACUGUUUUCCUGCUGUUCUUUAUUGUGCCUUAAUAUGUGAAGUGACAUUGCAGUUGGUACGGAGGCUACAAGGAGGCUGGAGUAGUAAAUGAUCACACAGGGGGCAACAGGUUUACGUCGUCUGUGAACGUAAGGAAAGUGCACCAUGUUCAGAAAACCACAGUGUGAAAAUCUGUAGUGAAAGACUAUGCCAUAACUCAUAAAUGUGACCAGAUAAAGUUACAGGUACAGAGAAAGUAAAACUGACCUUUUUUUAAGUAUUUACCUAUGAAAAAAAUUAUGGUUUGAGUGUACUUCUUUUGAUGUCAAAGGGUGUAGAUUUUAUUCUUUGUAAGAAAUCGGAUUGCUGUAGCAGCCAAGAGCCAAGUGAGUAUGACCUAUUUAGAAAAAAACACAACUUUUGCUGGCUAGGUAUUUUUCCAGUGGUUCAGUACUGUGGAAUUUAAAUAAUACUUAGAAAACAAAUAAGUCUUCGUUAAACCUCUGUGGAAGCAUAUUAACAAGUUAAUCUUGGGCUCUGGACAGUGAAAAACAUUAUCCCCAAGCUGCAAACGAGGAUCUAGAAGGUGACUCUUUGGCCACUGUGUAUGUGAGUCGCUGUCACAGUCAAGAGCACAGCCUGGGGUUUUGGCUUGCACUUUUGAAACUCACUGUGUGAUUUAUUUUUUUUUUUAUUAAGCUGGAUUGGAUCUGAUCCUCUUAGCGAUGCUGUGAUUAGAGAGCACCCCUGUAACUGGUUAGUUGCACAUUAAGUUCAAAGUUCGGACGCGUUCUUUAGCUGAUGAGUGUCAUGGAAAAAUGCUUGUAAGUGCUCUCUGUUCCUUGUCUUGUUCUUUGAUUUUAUUUAUAUGUCAAGCUGAGGUUGGUAGGAAUCAACAUUUCAAGAGCAGCAAGAAACACAAGCUGUGUGGAUCCUCGCAGGCAGAAAGUGGAGAGCCAGCUUUGCUUGUCCCUUAAGUGAUCGCUCUGCAGCCCAAGUGUUUAGAAAUGCAUUUCAGUUUGGCAGCAGCAGGGCUAGACUUUGCCCAGCCAGCCUUUGUUUGGGGAAGGACUGAGUCUAUGCUGCUGAAAAGCCAGAAUUGCUGCUGUUGGGUCCCUCUGGCCUCCUGCGCUCCCUGGGUGGCUGUGCCCUGGAGGCCAACAUCGUGGUAACUUCCACAGUUUCUCUUCCCAGAGCAAAAUGAGUUUUUUGGUUUACUGCCCAGGAAGGGGAUGUUUCAUGAAUGGGAUCGUUGGAGUGGAGAUCCCUGCAGCAUAUUCCUCUUACAGGUCAAGAAGGAAACAGGCUUUCAGUCUGCUGGUAAUUUUUAGUUAUAGUUGAUAGAGUUCUUGUUGUUUGAAGCGUGUUACAAUUUUUAUUGCCAGUAGGGAUUUGUCAGGACCAUAGAGACGUUGACACUUCUGAGUUGCAGUGAUGAAGGAUGUCUUGAGUCUCAGGUCCCAGAGAUGUUCCCGAGCACAGGGACGGUGGGGCUGAACAGCCCCCUGUGACAUGCCAGGGAAGUGAUGCCUCCUGCCUGAGGGCAGGUGGGCACCACCAGGCAGGGCCAUGGGCUCCCCCAGUCCCACUGACCCCAAACUCUCCACAGGCUGCCCUUAACCAGUUGCAUUUUCUUGACAGGUUAAAUUCAUGUCCUUCAAUAAGCUGUGUUACGUGCCACAGACCUUCCUGCCCAGCUCCUAUUUUACACCGUGAUUUGACAAAAGAGCAGUAUUAAAUGUGCCAUUAUUUUUGGUGUUUUUUGUUUCCUUCUGUGUUUACAAGUAUUAUUUAGGAAAAGUGUAAUUUUUUUAUGGACACCCUUUCACUUUAUUUUCUAUUGCUUAUAACAAAUACUCUCGUGCGUUUUUGUCGGAUAGAUUUUUAAAAGGUGCAAAAAAUAUAUUUUAAUUGCUGUUAGUCACGGAAUUUCAUGACUUUUGGUUAAAAUAAAUUACUAAUUGCCUAUAGAAGCCAGGAAUAAAAGUGAGUUACUCAUUCAGAAAAAAAUAGCGAUAUAAUUUAGAUUGAUAAUUUUCCAUGGGGUUUUUCUAUGUUUGAGAACAUCUCAUGUAACGGUGUUUUUGUUGACUUGAUGAGAAACUGACAGAGUUGGGCUUGGGAUUUUUUGAUUUAAAAUAAAGAGGAUAUAACCAUAAAAGAAGGGCUGGAGUUUUGCAAGCAGACCCCGAACAAAAUUCUGUUCUGAGAGUAGAAAUGCCUUUUCUCUGUAGACUUUGCUGUGCAACGGAGAAGAUGCUGUCUGUCUGAAUAAAUGUGUAAUUUGGACAUAAUAGUCUUUUGGCUGUUUGAAGAGGAAGCAAAAAUUAAUACACUAGUAAUUUUUUUCAGAGUCAUGGUAACUGUCAUAAGGCAAAACGUAAGAUAACUCUUGACGUGGAUCGUUGUUUGUUUGUGGUUUUUAGAAAAAGUGUGCUGGGGCACUUCUGGGAGUGCUUCCUCAGAGUCAACAAACAGAAAACACAGAAUACCUGCAGGAGCCUCUGUGUUGCUUCCCAGGAGAGUUUUUCCUGGAUAGUUUGCUGUAAAAGCCUUUUAGGUUUCUAAAUGGAGGUUCACAGGGUUUUCCUUCAGAGCUCCUCCACAAUCCAAGAGCCCUUUCCAAUGGGCUUACAAAGACUUCGGUUUGCUCACAUUUAAAAAAAGUGCAUUUUAAUCAGUCUUUCCAUUCCACCAUUGAGGAUCUGUUCAUGCCUAAGCGUCUGUGGCUUGGGUGUUUGCUCAUCAGAAAAUGUGACACCGAAUUGCCUAACAAGGUUUGGGACUCGUUACACCCCACUUGAGCAGCAGCACAGAGAGGAUGCAUCAUCACCACUAAUCUUGUCAGGAAUUGCUCCUUGGGGCUGGCCGGAAGGGAGCAGAGGGUGGAGUUCAGCCUUUCAGUCUUCCUGAGCUGAGGCUUGUCUACUGCUUUCAAAUUUGCCUUCUUCUUUCCGUCCAGCGUGUGAUGGAAGCUGGAGUAUAUCCUCUUUAAAACUCAGAACCAAAAACCCACUGAAGAAUCAGCAACUUUUUUUUUUUUUUUUUUUGGCUGUCUUUGUUGGUAUUAAAAAUUAUUUUAUAUCCUGUUUUCACUGUCUUUACACCAAUGGUUGAAAGCAGUAUUUGGUCUGUGACUUUACAGGAGAGGGAAAACCGCAGGCUCCAAGAAGCAAGCAUGAGGCUGGAGCAGGAGAACGAUGACCUUGCCCACGAGCUUGUAACAAGCAAAAUUGCCUUAAGGAAUGACCUGGACCAGGCUGAAGACAAAGCGGAUGUUUUGAACAAGGAACUUCUCCUGACCAAACAGAAGCUCGUGGAGACUGAAGAAGAGAAACGGAAGCAGGAAGAGGAAACUGCUCAGCUGAAGGAAGUCUUCAGGAAGCAGCUAGAGAAGGCAGAAUCUGAGAUCAAGAAAACCACAGCCAUUAUUGCAGAGUAUAAACAGAUUUGUUCUCAGCUGAGUACCAGGCUGGAAAAACAACAAGCGGCCAGUAAAGAUGAACUGGAAGUUGUGAAGGGUAAAGUGAUGGCCUGCAAACACUGCAGUGAGAUUUUCAGUAAGGAGGGGGCACUGAAGCUGCCUGCUGUAAGCAUGGAGAAUAAAGGCAUAGAAACAGAUGAUGAGAAGGAUGCACUGAAGAAGCAGCUGAGAGAGAUGGAGCUGGAACUUGCACAGACCAAACUGCAGCUUGUGGAAGCCAAGUGCAAAAUUCAGGAGCUGGAGCACCAGAGAGGAGCCCUUAUGAAUGAAAUCCAAGCUGCCAAAAACUCUUGGUUUAGCAAAACCCUGAACUCUAUCAAAACGGCCACAGGCACACAGCCACCGCAGCAGCCUCAGCCGCCCCUGCCACCCAAAGAGGGCAGCACAUAGUUCCAGCCAGACCCGAUACAAGAGCACAAAGAACAACACAACUGAAACCCUGGAGGAUUCUUCCAGUGGUCUCUCCUCUUGGGGAAAGGACAAAAGGCAGGAGUGCAGGCUUGAAGUGAAAUUCCUCGGUGUUUUUCAUUCAUUCUGAUGUGACCCUUUCCAAAGGGGGAAAAAAAAAAAAAAAAAGAUAAUUCCUGUUUUCUGUUGAAUUCUUACUUCCCAAACUGCCUUGCUGAAAGCCACGUUCUGAUACCUUCAUACUUUUACACUUUAUUUUAUAUGACUAGAUGUUAAAUAAAUACUUCAAAACUAGGUCUUUAAUACAUGACUAAUUAUUCAAAAUUAUUUUUAUCUUGCAUAGAAGGUUUUUUUCUUCUUCUGGAGGAAGAGAGAGAAUGGAAAAUGUAAAGUACUGAACCCUAAUCUCUCCAUAGAAAGCACAGUCUACUAAGUACGUGUGUGUGUGUGUAGGAUAACUUACGCCCUGGGACCAUCUCAGAAGUUUAUCGCAGCGACUGCGUCCUGCAGAGAAGCACUUUUUGUAAAGCUUAGGCCAUAGCAAAGAUAGUCUUGUGCUGUCUUGGCACAAUCGUUUAUGAGCUUCCCUGAUAUUUUCUUAGUUUUGAUUGUUUUUUUUCUUCAGAAAUGCAAGUAGUGCAGUUCUUUGUAGCACUGUUGUUUAAAGGCUAUUUACAGCUGAACUGGAAUUUAACAUCAAGCUAUGGAGUUCCCUUUUUUACUUCAUGUUUGUACUAAGAAUUCCAAGAAAUCAUUUCUUCCACUGGGAUAAAGGGAAAACCUCAACUUUUAUUUGAUGUUAUUGCUGAGAAGCAGAGUGAAGACCUUGCAUAGAGUUGACCUUUUGUGAGUCCUGUGCAAUAAAGGGUGGGUUUUAUGAAUAAAAUUAAUGAAAACCUUUCCCUGGGUCUAUAUUCAAAUUCUGAAUUCGACACAGAAAUGAGGUAUCAAAUAAAAAACCCCAAAGGCUUGUGCAGCACUGAUGAAUAACAUCACAGAAGAAGAUCUGUUUGCUAGAAGUAUUUGGUUAGGAAAUGCCACGUUGGUAUUACUUAUUUUUAUAAAAACAAACAUUUUCAAGUGGAAUACAAAACUUGACUUUCCCCUGGGGUAGACUUCUCUGAUGAUUCCCAAACUUGUCUGGUUGUUUUAUAUCUCUUAAGGUAAGAAAAUUCAAAAGCAUUUGUUUUGAUUGAACUUGAAGUGUUUAUAGAAAUACUUAUUUCAUGCAAAUUUAAACUAUUGCUUGAACUGAUGGAAUAUUUUUUUAAUUAUACCUGUCAUGUCUAAAGAUGGUCUUGCAGGUAAAUAUCAUUGCUGGACUAAAGGUUGUGUAUUAAUUGUUCCAUUUACGAAAUUGUUCCAGGGACAUUAGUUAUGUUUUGAUUAUUAUUUUUUUUUAAUUCUAAGGAAUGCCAUACCUUGUCAGUUUUGUACAAUAAAACUUAAUGAUACCCAUCCUUGUGCUUUGUUGUCAAGCAUAAUUGUGAAUUAUGUUAAACAGGGUAGUAUAAAUUGAAUGUUACCUGUGCCAAAGGAACGAUUCUGAAAGGCAGUCAGCUGUUUGAAGCAGAGAUCAAAAUAUAAUCACUAUCCUGACACAACUAUCCUGCAACAGAAUUCUCUCUUCUAACUUUAAAGAGUCUAAAAAUGUUAAUAUUUUAAAAUGUACCUGCAAGAAUGGUGAUUAUCUGGAAAUAUUAAUACAAUGAGAAAAAAGGGGAGAAAAAGCAGAAGUAACUUCUUUUGCAAAAAUUAACAAAGAUCUUUUCCCCUGGUCACUUCCUUGCUAAUAAUAUUUGCAUAAAUAUUUCCAUUCUCUUGACUGUCUGAACUUAGCAUUAGUCAUUCACUUACCAGAACUGCUUCACACUUCAAAUAAACUGCAUAAUACAUUUGAACUGACAUUUAAGUGUAAAUUUGAUUGUCACAUUUGAGAGCACUGUGACAAUGAGUGAUAUGGAUGGUUUGACAAGUGUCCAAAUUUCUCAUUUAUCUUAAAUCAUACUUAGAAGUGGAUUUAAAACCUUGAUUGGAAAAAUGCAGUAAUAAUAAUUAAAAAUAUAGUUAAGACCGAUUCCCUGAGCAGCUGAGUUAACGUGACAGCUCACUGCUGCUCAAAGAACUCACCCCUCCAGCACCCCGUCGUACAGUCGUGUCCCCAGCCUCGUUAAAGCACUUACUGGAGAUGAUUAAAAAUGAAAAAAAAAGAUGUGGGUGGAUUUCCCCCCCCCAUUGGUCUUUUGCCAAGUUAAGAGUUAAAUCAUCUCAAAGGGCCCAAUGAGUGCCAGCGGAUCAGGGGAGUGGGACUUCCGCAGUUCACCAAAAAAGAACUGUUAAAGAAACUCACCACGUUUCACGGAACUGGCUUUGACACAACAUCCUCUUUCUCAGUGUAGCAGCUCUCUGACUUUGGAAAUUCAAUUUCUGUGACAAAAACAUGUUUGCUACCUGCUACCAUGAUGAUUUCAAAACCUUGUAGGAUGGAAGCUGAUUUACAUCAGUAAAAAAAAGGUUUCAGAAGGCAAUGGCUGCAUUACCACUCUUGGCAAUAACAUAAAGGUAGUAAACAAUUCUCACCUUCUAUCUGUAGAUCCGAGGUAGUGUUUGUAGCACUGGCAUUUGGAAGAGUCAUAUUUAUGUGGAAACUGUGUCUUUUCAAAAUUACUGAAAGAAUAAGAAAAUAGCAUUACCUUGAUGAAUAAGUAUAGUUAUAUUCAGAAAUAAGAAAAGGAGCAAGACUGCAGGAUUAAACCAGGCAAGCUGAAGUUCUACUGGCUGGCUGGGCAUGCUAUUGGGAAACUUAGCUUCCUGUGAGAAUAAAAACAUCAUCUGGGUUUUAAUUGGCCCUUCCAGCAGUGUGUGACAGAGCUACACGUAUCCCAGACUGAUCUGUCAGGGAUAGCUCCCUCUUUGUUUAGCUUUUCAGCAGGAAACAUCAUCAAAGUCUCACUGAAACUGUUGUUUUCAUGUGGCACUGGAACAGCUAACGUAGCUCCUAACUCUGGAGUGAUUCCUAUUUUUUUCUUGAGUCAGUAUUAAACCGUGUGUCCACAUCAAACUUAUAUUAAAAGUAAUUUGAAUUUUAUAAAUAUAUACGUGGAACUAAAUAUUAUUUUUUAAUUUUAUUGAGAAUGCACAGUUCUGAAAUAAAGCCUUUACUUUGAUUAGGGACAAACCUCCAAAGAAUAUUUUUAGUACAACUGUUUUAUCUUGUUGGAUUCUAAUCUGUUCCUGAGAUGCCGAAUAUGGAAAAAAAAAAUAAAAAUACUUUUUUCACUUUAAAAAGAAGUUGUUUUUACUUUGACUGUAACACUUUACAGGAUAAAUGAAGCAAGGCUGAUUUAGUUACAUAGUACCUCUGUGAACUAGUCUUGUAUUACCUUUGUGAAUCAAACUUAAUAUUCUAAAGUAAUAGGACUUAUUUCACUUAGUUUAACAAAUUCUAAAUGCACCCAGAGAGAAUUAAAAACAAUAAAAUAGAAAAUAUCAUGCGUGGUGUUAAUCUAAGAAACUGCAAAAUCCCAGAGGUCCAUAUGCGUUAAUGUUUGGCUAAACCAGUCUCAGGAAAGGCAGUCAGCCAUGUAAUCAGUACUGCCAGCUGACAAACACAUCCCUGUCUUGCCCAUUAAUUAGGAUAUAAUUUGUUACAGCUAAAAGUUAAAUUGCUUACAGAGGUAAGCCAUUUUUUUCCCACAUUUUAAAGGAUUUCUCUUGGUUGGCCCUUGAAAUUUCUUCUACGAUAAAUGCUUUCAUUUGUGCUCUUGUGUUAAAAACAACUCAAAAUAAAACCAGCCAUUUACAAGGGGAGAGGAAGAUAAAAAGAAAGUCAAGAAGAGCAAGAAUUCAGCCCCUUGACAAAGCACGAAGUAUCCCAUUGACUUGAGAAUCAUGAUGUCACUCACUGACUGAAUACAGCAAUUUAGGAGUAAAAAUCUGAAUUUACUGGCACUGAAGUAUCAAAACUUGGAAGCUACGUAAGUCAUGCUUUCUCCACAGGAUAAAGGUAGGGCUGUUCCCUUCCUUCUAUUAAGUAGUUGCAGUGAAAUUCAUGAAACUACUUGUAUGUGUGGGAGAACUAUACCUCUUAUUUCGAUUUACUGUUAGACUCAGGGAUAAUUGGCAUACUUCUGCAUAAUCUAAGAAGCCUAAAUACCUUUGGCAUUGAAAACAGAAACUCUCUCAUCUUACAAUGCUGGUUUUCUUCCAACUGCUAGAGAGAAAACCUCAGUACAUGUUACUGUUGGAGUGUGAAGAUCAGGGAGAGGUUUUUCUCUUGGGACCCAGAGGGACUGUCCUGGCUGGCCCCUGUGGGCCGUUGUGCAAACAGCUGGCUGCACAAGACAUGUAACUUACAGCACCAGGCAGCACGUUGUUCUCUCAAACACAAAGGCUUGAACUAAAUUAUUUUUCCAUCUAUUACCCUAAUAUCGUACUCAGAGGUGUCCCUUCUGCCAAGGAAUAAGACUAAGGGGAGACACAAUGAAGCACUCGAGUCUGGACCUUUCAAGUUAGGUUAGGUAUAACAUGACAGCAGCCUUCACAACUGGGCUCAUCCAUAGAGGGAUUUUGGGAAAUUCAAAGAAUUUGCAGCUGGGUAAAUAAUACUCAGCAUUGAUCAAGAUCCUAUCUUUCCCAAGUCAGAAGUCUACGUAAUUUAUUUCAGGAUUGUGACUUAACAUAUACAGGUUAAUCCUCCAGGAAUACAGGGCUCUCCAUUUCCCCUGGAUUCCAACUGCUUUGCUACUGAAUGUAUUUCAUGCUAUUUUUACCUGAAAAAGAAAAAAAGAUAUGGGUAGAGAAUUAGGACAUUACUUCCUCUUAUUUUCUUAUUUGGUGGGACUUGCUUUUAUUUAACCUGUAAAGGAAUAUAUAUGUAUCUUUGGAAAACUAUAUCGGAUAUAUAGAAUAAUAUAUAGGAAACUGAAUCACAAGGGGAUGAAUACAUCAAAAGGAUUUGGUAUCAUAACUUUCAUUUGUGAUUUGAUACCAGCAGAAUCCUUGGCUGUACUAAUUUCCUUUCAGUUUCUCUUAUUUUUGUAUUUUAUAUAAUACAUGGAUGGCAAUACCAAUGCAAACAAGAGCAGAUGUUCUCAGAUUUUUCUCCACAUCCCAAAUCUCUCCUUCCAGUAAUCUCUGGUCUUGCACUACUACUGAUACCACCUUCAAAAGCUGGGUGAGGAGCUCUCUCCAGCUUUGGGAACUGUUGCUGCUUUUCUACAGAAUGAGAUUCUGUGGCUUCUCUCAAAUGGGAAAAGAUGGCAUGUGAAUGCAGAAAAUAAUGUAAUCAAGAAUGAUCUGGAUCCAGAUCCCUAAAUCUGCAAUUCUAGGUGGAUUUACUUUAGCACAUUGAAAACAGAGAGCAGCUUCAAAGCUCUGGCUCGUAUUACAAUGGAGUUUUCCAGGUUUGGAGUCAUGAUAGCGAUCUGGGUGUGCCCAAAGUUCGUAAAGUAGACUUUCCUAAAGAGUUAGGAAAAAAGAGCAUCAUAGCGCUGUCAGACUUUUAACUGAGAACAAUUCAGUACUGCCAGUUCUUGUGUAACAAAUCCAUGCAUUAUAUAAAGUACAACGUGGAAAUAUAAGUGUAAUGCUUGUUAUUAAAAGUGCAAUUCAAUGUACAUGGUCACAACAAAUGUUUACUUUUUUAAUUGUUACAGAAUUGUUUGGAUCAGUACCUUGUUAUCAUUGUGUGAACGAUGCCUUGUAAAAUAAAUGGAAAUGCAAACAAAA